AUGGCUGCUUCUUCUUCUACGGCUGCUGAUGUUCUCCCUCAACAAAAGUAUGAUCUCUUUCUUAGUUUCAGAGGUGAGGCCCGUCUUAAAUUUAUCAGCCAUCUCUAUGCUGCUUUGAAGCGGAAACAAAUCCUUACCUACAUGGAUGAUAAGUCGCUUGAGAGUGGAGAUGAAAUUGGACCUGCCUUAUCGACAGCAAUCGAGCAAUCCAAGCUUUCGAUAAUCAUUUUCUCAAAACACUAUGCUUCUUCUCGAUGGUGCUUAGAUGAACUUGUGCAUAUACUAAAAUGUAAAGAAGCAUAUGGACAGCUUGUUGUACCCGUUUUCUAUGACAUUGAUCCUUCAGAUGUACGGCAGCAGAAACGGACUUAUGCAGAUGCAUUUGCAGUUCUUGAAGAGAGAUUCAAAGACAAAAAAGGGACAAGGUGUGCAAGUGGAGAAAUGCUCUCACAACAGCAGCCAAUUGUUGAUGUCAUAAUUUGGUUCGACAAAUACUUUUGA